GGGGGAGAGAGAGGGAGAGGGAGAGGAAGGACGCAGCAGAAUGGCGACCGUGCAGUGCUGCAAAUGCACGGCCGAAAGGAAAGGGUUUCGGCGGGAACUUGAUUCUUGGCGACACAAACUGAUACACUGCGUCGGGUUUGAAAGCAUUCUGGAGGGAAUCUAUGGCCCACUGCUGCUGAGGGACCUCAAUUUAUUUGAUGACUGUGAACCUGAAGAGGUGGGCGACUGGUCCUCUGAAACAAGUUGCUCUCAAUGCUCAUUCUGCAACCUUUCCCUGGACAAACUCAGCAGUGAUCAUCUACCUGCAGCCACGUCGCCCCUUUCCUCCCCCUCUGAUUACUCUCCCUGUCAGGCUCCAACCAUCUCUGAGAGCAGCCAAUCAGCGCAGAGGAUCCUCCAAGCUGUGUUUCACAAAAAAGAUGCGUCCCUGGGCUGUGAUUUCAACAUCCCUCCGGUUGCUCAGGAGCUAAUGAAGAAGAUGAUACAUCAGUUUGCCUUGGAGUACGCAUCCAAGUGCCUACUCCACACCAGUACAAAUGGUGUUACAACAAGGACCUCAUCACCUUUGCCACAACCAUCAGACGCCCCUCUGGACCUCACAGUGAGCCAAACUGGGGAGGAGAGUGAAAGUGACCCGGACGGCGUGCUCGACCUCUCCAACAGGAACACUGCGUGCUCAGCAACUUCAUCAACACCAUCUAGUCACAAAGCCGGCUCCCUGUCGCCAUCAUGUGUGGAAGAAUUGGGUGAUCUGGGACAGCGAGGGACUACGGGUCAUCAGAGCUCGGCAUUGGGCGCUGUUCUCAGCUCGCUCUGCUCAGCACACCGUUCCUUACUCUACCAGAUCCUGAAGCUGGCGCACCAGGAAAAAUUGCUUAAUCACAGACCUGUAGGUCAAACUGAAUCUCACUGCUGUCACUGUGGUGUAAACCCACAGGAUGUUGUUAGCCCCAACACGGUCCCAUUUAGUGAAUGUAAAGCCCAUAACAGCAGCCCGUACCUCCCUUUAAUUGAUUGUGAUAAUCAAGGUCAUGGCAGCACAACGUGUCGUCCAGGAGACUCCAAGUCCAACUGUAGCAUCCAUCACUGCCCUUUAACAGACUGUAAAAGUGACGCUCCUCUGUGCUCAAGCUACUGCUGUGUGCAGAGCUGCAGCAUGGAAACCUACACUGUUAUGUGCCCCGAGAGGCUGCACUGCAUUUCCUGCCAACGGCUUGCUGUAGGCCGUAUCGACAACAUAGUGUGUUCGUUUGCAUCUUCUCCUUCGCUAUCCAAAUCUCCUUCGCUGCGCACCUCUAGUUUUUUCCCUUCCUCAUCGAUCUGCUGUAACCAACACAACCCCCACUGUUGCCCCGGUCAUUCAAACAAAGCUUGUCUGACGCAGUUCAGGAACACAAUAGAAAGAGGGGUUGGAGAUGGCGAUCCCCCUUGUCCUGUCCUGAGGAGAGAACAGAGCCCCUCUCCUCCUCUGUCCCCUAUGCCAUCAGAUGUCAAUAAGAAAACCGAUGAAAAGCCACCCUCCCUCCUUCACCAUAGACAAGAGGAGGAAGCUGACCUAAUGGUUAAAGAUGGUCUUGGGAAUGCAAGCCACCAAGAAGCAGAUGUGGACACAGCUGCAGAAGGGGAGCGAUAUAGAACCCCAAGAAGUAGUCCGGCUGAGCAGAACCCAAGUGGAACGUCACUGCAAGACGUCGUGAAUCGCUUCAGUGAGAAACUGGAGACAAUCGAACCUAUAGAGAAGGAUCCACCUCUUGUUGCUACAGCUGUUAAUGUCUCUGAAAAGGAGAAGCAGCCAUGUCCCUCAACCAGUCAGAACCGGCAGUGUCAGGCUGACGCUCAUUUGACUGAAAUCAUCACCACCGUGCUUCAUACAGGCAGCGCUAGUGACUACAAUCUCAGUGAGCUGUUCAAUCGCCAUGAUAGCAACGAGCCUAAGUCACCCAACACCCGCUCCCGACGUCGCCAAGAAGUCCUUGCUGCUAUAGCAACACCUGCUGACGAUGCUUCAACCAGAAGGCAAACCUUACAAAUUAAACGAGAGCUUGCCAUGUUUGACCAGUGCUACAGUAGGAGAAAGGUACCACUAGCAAAGAGAGCAAGAUUGAAAGAUGGAAACGUUACCGUAACUAAACCACCCACUUCAUCAGAUUCAAACCUAGUUAAAGAGGACUCUAACAGCAAAAUGGAGGUAGGUUUAGAACCUGUAGAGAAUCAUAGAGCUCAGGAGGGACCAAUGGACAUUCUCACUGCAAAAACAGAAAGGGAUGAAGUAAAAGAGGAGAUACAGCCAGGUAUACUAACAGAAGAAGUUCAGAUCAUUAAAGCAGAGGAGAAAGAGAGGGAAAUAUCUGGUGAGGAAAAAUAUCUUACCCUCUCAGACGCUCAAAUAUCGGCCCCUGAGCUGCAGAGAAAGUAUGGCAAACAAGACUCAAAGGGUGACAAUGUACGAACACAGGUGACGACAGUGAGUGCAGCCUCAGCAAACUGGUAUAGCAGGCCCUGUAAGGAAGAUGGUAUAGGUAGUGAUCCUGAGGGUGAUGGGUGCCAUGAAGAAGCCCCACCUGGUCAAAGCUCUGACAGUGACGAUAGACCAGGUACGGGUAAAGAUUGCCACAGUCCUGUUAGAGAUGGCCAGACAUGUCAACCACACCACUCGGAGGACACAAGGAGAUCCAGGAGAAAUAUAGUGCCCCCACAGCGGUUCUCCUCUUAUGUCACAGAACCCUGGAAGAAGUACUAUGUUGGAUGUUUCCCUGAAAGCAUCCUUAACCAGGAAACACAAAUGGACAAGGUUUUGACAUCUAGCUCCCCGGGUGCCUUAUCCAAAGAUCCAGAUGCUGAGGACAUCCAGUUUGAAUCGAGAAGUGAAGCCCCUCUGUCCUCACCCGAGCACGCAUGGAAGCAUACCUUUGGAUCAACACGUGGAGAACAAAGUGGGCCACCCUACAAUGAGUCAAAAUGUCUUUCUACAAACCAGGUCUUUCCACAAACUAUGGCUGCCAAAGACACAAGUCCUACAAAACAGAGCUUAGACGACGAGACAGAUGGCAGCGACUGUGCUGCCAAGCCUUUUGGAAGGCUACGGUCAUCUCCAAAAAGACUACAGGGCUCCAAGGCAACUUCAAGAACCCCCCAACACCCAUCAAAUACGGAUGUCCCCAUGACGUCUGCUGGCUGUGUAAAGAGCCUUCCCAACUCCCAAGUCCAGUACACUAGUCCGAUAAAGCUCAUGUUCUUUUCUCCAGUAAAGGAUAAAGAGGGGGUUAGAUACAGUCUCAAAUCAGCAUAUUCAGGUUCUAGUGCACAGGAACCCUUUGACCCAUGUAUAGAAGCGUCAUGGUCAGGGACACUUAAGAAACAAAAAAGCCAGAGAACUGAGCCUGUCACUUCACGAGUAAAGUCUAUUUCUUCACCACUAAAUUCUGCUACCUCACCGGCAAGAUCUGCUUCAACGGCCAAGUCCGCCUCACCGGCCAAGUCAGCUUCUUCUCCCAAGUCGGCGUCUUCAUCACCCAAAUCUGCGUCUUUGCUCGCCAAGUCUGCGUCUUCACCUGCCAAGUCUGCGUCUUCGCCUGCCAAGUCUGCGUCUUCGCCUGCCAAGUCUGCUUCGUCAUCACCUAAAAUAGGCUCCAGAAGAUCAGGCGAAGGUACUCCAACUAAGCGUGGCGCCGAGAGCCAGAGAUCACCAGGCGACUCGAUAUCUUUCCAUGAAACCACUCCAAAAAGGCGUCCGGGUCGGCCAAAGAAGCUGGGACCACAGCUUGAGCAAAAGGCAAAGAGGCCAAUCGGUCGACCACGCAAAGAGAAGGCAGUGGACUCCGUAAUGGGGGCAAAAACAGGAGAUGGAAAAUCUGUUACAGCAUCUGAAGUUGAGGAGAAUGUGAACAAGAACCUGAAAAUAACAGUAGUGUAUGGCCGUUCAAGGCGAAACAAACGCAUGGUGUCUGAGGGCUUUGACCAGCUGCAGACAGAAUUCCAUGAUGCUUGGCAAGCAGUGGGCCUAAAAGGUGACUUGGGCAUUUUAAUGCACAACUCUAAGACCAGCUCAGGUAAUAUCAAAGCAGCCUCAACAGAAUUGCCCGAGGAAUUAAAUUUAGUCGGCCCUGUAAAAGAGUCUGCCCCCCCAUCUAGCAGUAACCUCAAAUGUCAAAAGAGGGAUGAUUCUGCACCCUCAAGGAAACCAGGUAGACCUGCGAAAGUAAAAAUCUCUGGGAUCUCAGUCACAGUCACCACAGUGUCACCUCGGCAGCGUAAAAUUCAGAUAAAUAAGGAUACUCUGCAGUCUCCCGAAACACCAGUUCAUAGGAAAGUACUCCUACCGGAAUUCAAAUCUGCCAAAGAGCCCUGGACAGUCAGUCGGCAGUCAACGAGCAAAAUCCGUCAAACGGAAGAAGGGGUUGAAGCGGAAGAGGAAAGUAAAGGCAAACCCCAAAAUCAGCCUGUAGCAGUGCGUCACUCGAUGAGAGUGAGAAAGCCCUCGAUCCACUUUCUGCACGCCGUUGCCACCUCUAGAUCAUACAGCCACAGUAAUGCUCUGCUACGGCGCUCCAAACAACUUCUGCUGAACAAGGCCAACAAUGAAAGGAGACAGGGGGAGCACCAGAGUGGUGUGGAGAUGUCGAGGGAGAAGAGGCGGCUCUGUGGACCAGAAAGAAACAACAUCUCUCAGGACCUGAGCAGAGUGGCAGGCGUGUCUGUGAACUCCAUCUUUACCUCAAAAGAGACACUACGGUGGUGGGCAGCAUCGGCCGAGGAGCCGACGAUGAACCAGGAGCUCGCCAGGCGAAUACGGCUCAUCUCUGACACGUGGGUCUCAAACACUGUGGAGAACCAAGAAAAAGAACCCGCCUUAAAAUCAAAUCUCUGCACUAAAGGCAACGGUUCAUUCACCAGGAAUUCCAAACAUUCCUCUGUCCGAAUGCUGUUCGACUGUCCUCCGAACACGCCCAGGUCCUGCAGCAUGCAGCAGCUCUGCUCCUGGUACAUGCAGACCACAGAGACACAGUCUCUGGCUAUCGUCAAGAAGACGAGCUCCCGUAAUCCUUAUGAAUUCAUGCACUUCCCUCGUUCUUUCAAUAAGACGAGUGUUUGCCCCAGCCCUCAGGCGGAGCGACUCCGCAAACACAUCAAGAAAUUUGCUAAAACUGUGCCAAAAAGUCCUCUGCAACACCAACGGGCUCAGAAAAGGUUGAGGAAGAGACAUGAGGCGCCUCUACCGACGCACAAGAUCAGGCGACGACUUUUCACUCCCGGGUGUGCAACGGGCAGGCUCAGUCACGGAGCACUAUGGUGGAGAAGAGACCUUGGCAAAUACCGGACAACUCUAUGUAGAGCGAGGACCAGGUUCCUAACCCGAAAAGAAAGGAAGAGGUGGCGAAAGAGGCAGAGGGAUAAAAACAUCAAAGUAGCUCCAAGUUGUUCAAAUGGACACGUCGCGACUGGACCGCAGCCAAAGCGUAGAUCCCUACGCAGAUCAGCAAAAGAUCCGUUAUCUGACCAUCUGGAGAACAGUUCUGGUGACCAAACUCUGGAGCCUGUGGAUGCAACCAAAGAGCAGAACCUCUGCUCUAAAGCCUGGAGUCCCGAGACACUGAAGGAAUGCCGUGUGUUUCUGAGGAAGAUCAACUCCCCAGACAACGAGUCCGCUGAGGAGGAGUGGGACUCCUGCACCGUGACACUGGACAACGGGUCCCCUUCCGCUUACCUCUUUGCAGGAAGGGAGAGAGAACUGGUGGGGGUUGUUAAAGCUGUGAAAACCGACAGAAAAAGGAGCACCGCCUCAAUGGAGCUCCCGAGUUCUGAACCUAAAUCAGUCCAGGAGCCGGAGGAGAUGCCGGCGGGGAGGCAGAAAGGCAAACACAGAAGUCCCGGGGUUGUGUCGACCGAAUCACCGCAACCUCCUCCCGCGAAGACGUUGAGACAAUCGCGGAUGAGGGGCCUCACCGGGCCACGGUGGUGCGACUUUGUGUUUGAAAACUAAAUGAAGCAUGGAGCCUCCCCCUAGCUGGGAAAAGGACUGUGGUUUAACGUGGUGCCUUUGGACAUUGAGCUGACCACGUGGACUGACCAUCCCGCUAUGGUUAAGUCUUACACUCAGCAAUUAUGUAGCGGUCUAACUUAACAAAUGCUUGAUGUUGCACUAUUUGUAUCCAUUGAUAUUUAUGUACAGAAAUGUCUGAUUUUUUUUGUUUGUUUUUCAUUCUAAACCUGCCUUUUGUCUUUCUGAACACGUUUAGUAGAUCAAAUUAUUACGUUUAUUGGGAUCAUUGCUUUUACAGUGAGCCCGUAUUGGAAGGAAAGGCCAAGCUUUGAUUGCAUAAAGACAGAUCCAUCUCCCCCAAAAUAUACCUCACUAUCAGUGACCUUUUAAUGUAAAUCUUGACCUAUGAACUAUAAAAAUGCACAGCCCCAGAAUUAAUUUAAUGCAUUUCUUUCACACGUAAUUUAUAGUCACCUUUUGCUUUGGCACUAUUUGAAUUCCAAAUUGCUCUUUACAUUUGUUUUUAUAUUUGACAAAAAUGAUUCACAAUUCCUCUCAAUCCGAGCCUUGCUUGCCAUGUUCUUCUUUGACGCUUCAGUCACGCUUGUGUUGCAAUCCCAAAACGUGGUGUGAAUGAAGGACUCCUCUUCCCCCGAACCACUACUAGUGGGGCCCAGACUUUAAAACGGAGUCUUGAAUGACAGUAAUUGGCUAACCACCUCGUACUAAAACCAAAUAAUUAAUGUUAUUCAAACAAUAGCUUCACGUCUUGACACCGAGCUGCGGAUAAACCCCGCCGGCCAUGUUCUGAGUGGCGUGAUCGGCCCCACGAAGCGCAGAGGUCCACGUGAGGCGAUGAAGGAAAAGGCUUCCUGCGGAUGUCGUGAGAUUAGAACCAGAUUCUUUAGUUGGUUCGUGGGAUCUGUCUCGUUUUAGUUCAGCGAUCGUUGUGUGUCUGUGUGCAUCUUCUCCUUUUCACCCAAAGCAGAUACUGUAUGUUGGUGUCGGAUCUACUUCUUGCACUAUCCCAUCUGAGAUUAUUAACCCCCCCACUACAGAUUCCUUCCCCAUAUUUUGCACAUCCCGUGUCCCACUACCAACCCCUACUGUAAACCUAGAGAACCUAUUUGGUGCAAUACAAACCCAGAUGAUUUAUCCAUAUGUAGUAAUUAUUUUAUUGCUGACAGACGAAUGGAUGUACACAAGUACCGAUAGCCUGGGAUGUUACUUCAGUUUGUUUUUUUUCAUAGCCAUGUAAUGUGAUCUUUAAGGAUAUCGCUUUUUAUUCCCACCUGCUUUAUUCUCCUAAAUGAAUCAGAAAAAUAACCGAUCCCUAAUUGUCGUAAUAGCAUUAAAUAGUUUUUAUCAUAAACGUACUAGCAUUAUUUACUGUUUCAAUGCAGGUGGGAAACGUGUUGCUGUUUAAGGUUUCCCUAGUGUGUGUGUUUCAGCGAGAGACGCCUACCUCCACUGGGGCUCAGCUCCACCUACUGCUCUUUUAAAUAUCAACCGGCCGGUCAACACUAACCUCAGAUCGGGGAAAGUAGAUCCAAGAUGUCUGGCUGGAGGUCAACCCUUCAACCUGCAGUGCGUGUCUGACGUGUACGUACGCACUGUGGUUGCCAUUGCAACAGGAGGGAUGUGGGCGGCGGCCCCGUCUUGUGAUCAGCGCUCUCUUGAAGAACCUGGUGCUAAACAUCUGUUGUAUAUUUUCUUUGUGUUUUUAUAUGCUGUCCCUUUCAGAUGCAACAAAGAGGCGUCUGUGAUUGGAACAAUAAAGACUCUUUUGAAAUAA